UACUACAUGAAUCUCUUGAUGAGUCGCUAAUUGAUAAAAUCCCGGGCCGCCAAAAUGACCGCAAAACACUUUUGGGGGAAUUAAAUUGGAUUUUCACUGCAGUGACUAAUACCGUUGCAUGGAACGUUCUGCCACAUGGUAAUUUUUUCUUUCCUAUGGUUUGAUGCUCUAUGGUCUAACUUCUUUGAAUUGAAGUACCCUUAUGAUUCUUUUGGUGCUAUAUGUUUCUCAUACCUUUGUAUUCUGCUGAUGAGCUUUUCCAGAGGCUGUUCAGGCAAGAUUUGUUAGUCGCUAGUUUUUUUCGAAAUUUUUUACUUGCUGAGCGAAUUAUGCAUUCUGCCAAUUGUUCCCUGAUCUCUCAUCCAUUGUUGCCGCCUACCCAUCAGCAUCACAUGUGGUAGUACUAAAGGAAACACUAAAGAAGUUAAUACUUACUGUUUUAUUAGUCCGAAAGUCACUCUGUAACUAUUGCACACUGCAGGGAUGCAUGAGACAUGGCUGCUGAGAUAUGCCUUUCUCAGCUUCCGUCAUUGGUUGAAGAUCCUACUGCAGAGUUCCAGCGUGGAGGUCAGACUGUCUCUAAGAUUACCCUUGCAAUUGUCUCUAUUGUUUGGUUAGCUGCUGGAGUUUGCUUUUUCAUUGCUUUGCCAAACCAUUCCUCGCUUUGGUUGAUUAACAUUUUUAAUGAAACCUCCAAGAAAACCAGCACCCUCAGUUCGAUCCGAGGCAUCUACGAUCAACUUCAAGCACCACCCUCAUGUUUUCUUCAACAAAUUCAUACUUCAAGAGACUCCAGCAUGUCUACCCCCGCAAGAAAAAUGAGGCAGCUCCUCAAGGACAAGGCGACCAGGAAAGCUGCCAGAAAGGCAAACGAGGCGACGGGCUCGGACCCAAGCCUCAACAAGGAAGCGCCCGGGGCAGAACUUCGACCCGGCGGGGGAGCCCUUGCCGUGGUCCCCAUUCAAGCCGUGGACUCGGCUGCAGUCUCCGGCUCCGCCCAACACCCGGUGAUUAACUUGGAGAUGGGUGCAGCGGCCAGCCAAGGUUCUGGGAAAAGGGGCCUGGACACUGGUGCUGAGGAGGCCAACACCGGGAAGAAGAGGCCCCGGACGAGGCAGGCUGGCUCGACCGACGAGUCGCACGGCGAAAGUCUACUCGCCACGAAAGAGAUUCCUGCACCGUCGGUUCUCCCCAUACGUCCGGCACUACUCGAGGAGGGGGAAGCCGUUGUGCGGGAUGAGCAGUCCCGGCUGAUUAAUCGGACCUGGGAGAAUGGUCGGGGCUGGAGAGACGAAACAUACAAGGCCCUGACGAUCCGCUGUCAGGUCGAAUUCGCGGAGCGUCUGGCGGCGUUCAGCGCCCCUCAACCAAUCGUGGAUCGGCCAGCCGCUAAGACAGGCUUUCGCCCUAAGUUUGGGCAGGACACGGCCCCCUGGCGGCGGACUUGUUGGACCAGGUGGGGAACACCAUGUCCAACCUCCAACUCAAAUGGUACACCACCAUAGCCAAUCUGGACUUGCUGUUUAUCUCUCAGGCACUCCGCCAUCAGGCCACCGCGGUUGAUCUGCUGUCCCAUCGGAGUGCCGAUCUGGUGGUCAAGUUGGCCAUGAAGAUGGAGACAGUUAAGCUGGAGGCGGCCGUGAACCAGAGGGAGGCCGCCAAGGAGGCCCUUGCCAGGGAGACGGCCCAGGCUCGGGCGGGCCAUGAGGAGUUCAACCGCGUCAAGGCCGGGCUGGAAGAGGCUUUGUCCCGGAAGGGAAAUGAGGCCAAUGAGAGGGCAACCCUUCUAGAGGCGCCCGCGGCUCAGUCUUCCCGGGACAAGGAGGAGAUCCAGACCUUGACGGCACGGGUCCGCGGACUGGACGAUUCUCUCCGCGAGGAGAAGACGGCGCACGAAGAGGCCCGCCGCGAGAAGGAGGAGGCGGACGGCAUGCUGGAGGUCACCUUCGAGGAGGCCAUUUACAUGGCUUGGCGCAAGGACAAAAGCAUGAACCUCCUGGUCUUCCCAGAUCCGGAAUCGAAGAGGGCCGAGUUCGAGGCCAAGGAGAAGGAAGGCGCGGAGCUCCUGGGGGAUGAAGCCUAGGCCCGGAUCCUCACCUUGUCUCUUCUCUAUCUCUUUUUUUUUUUGUAAUUUUGUAAUAACUUUUCUGGACGCGUAUGCGUCCAAAACACUUUGUAUUGUUUUUUCCGGUAUCUAUAUAUUUUUUUUGUUAUUCCCUAAGUAGAAAUUUCAUUUUAUUGUCGUGUCUGACUGAUUCAGAGGGUUUGGUCCCAGUUCCAACGGCUUGGACUAGACUAACUGACUAGCUUGUCGAGUUUUCAGACCUAACUGCCAAGUUUCCAAUCCCGGCUCCAACGGACCGGGCCAACGUGGCUGAGUUUAUUUUGGAACCUUGUUCUCCCUUUAUCAGUUGUAGGCCACGACUUUGCCCUGGGGCGUACCAGAUGCUUCUCUCUCCCGGACAUCGCUCGUCCGGAGUGGGACCAGCCUUGGGCUCGAUCCUUUUAACUUGUACCCCUGGACAUCGUUCGUCCGGGGUGGGACCAGCUUUGGGCUUGGUCCCCUUUAAUGCAUACCCCUGGACGUCGUUCGUCCGGGGUGGGACCGACCUUAGGCUCGGUCCCCUUUAAUGUAUACCCCCGGACGUCGUUCGUCCGGGGUGGGACUGGCCUUAGGCUCGGUCCUCUUUAAUUUUAUACCCCCGGACAUCAUUCGUCCGGGGUGGGACCAGCCUUAGGCUUGGUCCUCUUUAAUUUAUACCCCCGGACAUCGCUCAUCCGGGGUGGGACCAGCCUUGGGCUUGGUCCUCUUUAAUUUAUACCACCCAGACAUCGUUCGUCUCCUCUUUAAUUUAUACCCCCGGACAUCGCUCGUCCGGGGUGGGACCAGCCUUGGGCUUGGUCCUUUUUAAUCUAUACCCCCGGACAUCGAUCGUCCGGGGUGGGACCGGCCUUAGGCUUGGUCCUCUUUAAUUUAUACCCCCGGACAUCCCUCGUCCGGGGUGGGACCGGCCUUAG